AUGAUAGGGGUGGGUUGUGUGAUGGUGUGCACAGUGUUGACGCUUGUGGUCGGUUUACACGAUGAUUCUCCAUACUGUGCGGUGCGGUACCGCCGACUGUGCCAGGGCAAGGGGUGGCACGUCGGCUGUCAGUUUCCCCAACCUGGUCCAGGAAUAGCAUGUGCGAACUACUCCCCUAUAAAAUUUCAGGAUAGUCUAAAACACUUCAUAACACACUACAUAAACAGUCACAAUAAAACUGUAACGGAGUGGGACCGAGAGUUGGCCAGCUUAGCUCAGCGACUGGCGGACCAAUGCAAUUUUGUACACGACGAAUGCAGAGCCACGGUUCGCUAUCCGUACGCUGGGCAAACAGUCGGAGAGGUGAGAUGGCGUCGGUCGAGUGAUUCAGACGUGCUGACAGCCCAGCGCGCCAUCAGGAGGGUGUUCGAUGCCUGGUGGGGAGAGCGCAGACGUGUCCUACCCAAUCAGCUCACUGCCCCUUUUAGGCUCACUGCUAAGGGUGCAGUAUGGGGUCACUUCAGUCAGCUAGCAGUAUGGUCGUUGCGCGCGGUGGGUUGUGGAGCAGUCAGACACGGCGCUUACUACCCUCGACUGCUGCUGGUUUGCGACUUCUCUCAUACAAACAUGCUCGGGCAGCGGACGAUUUCGCCCGGUCCAUUGGCUCACUGCCCACCACAUUUCGAGAGAAGAGCGCGGUCUGCGUACCCGCUACUCUGUGCUACGGUUCGCCAUCCGGCACCAACAGAACAUUACGAAGCUGAGUCUACUGAAGACUAUUGGAGCGAUGACGAAGACGAGAAUACCAGCUUGCUAUCAAGUUUUCCCGACUCGCACAAAAGUCAUGCUACGACACAAAAGACUAAAAUACAAUUCCUGACCACAAGAACCGUAGAUAGAAAUACGGAAUGGAGGACGGAUAAUACGUUUCAAGGUGUAAUACAGACUCGAACUAAGGGAGCUCUGAUUCACAAGCUGGACCGCGAACUGGAAUACAGGAACAAAGCUAACAAUAAGGUUUGGCUCGGUUUCGUUGACGAUGCCAAUUGGAGAUCAAGCGUGCCAGCUGAUGAGAAACCGAAAAAGCUUUUAAAUACAGAACAAGAAACGAAACAAGGUACUGGUAAAGGUUUAACUACAUUAUACGACGGAAUAUUGGAGUAUCGAAGACGUCCCAACAUUUCAGAACAGGGUUCACUCAGAUUGGACAAAGAUGAUAUCGACCAGCUGUUCAAAGAUACAGGCUUCAAUCCGCAUUGGCUCAAACGGCGACCUGCACCAUAA